UACGAAGGGGCCUGAUCAUGUAUGAAUUCUUCAUAGUAUUAGACAAAUGAGAUUGGUGUUCUUUCGCGCUCUUGAAGUAUACACGAUUCCAUUUGAAUUAAUCUUGCGUACUAUCCGAAGCCUUGAUAUUGAACUUCAAAUCCGACUUAUCCGUUCCCUAGGUUGUUGAAGCUUCGCCCUCGAUGUGCUGGAUAACCUUCAGCUCCGCUUCUUCUCGCAAGAGAAGAGCAACUCCAGUUCCCUAUCCAAGUGGCCCUCGCAUCAUUACAAUACCCCCAGAGCCAGAGAUCCACCAUCGACAUCAACAUGUCCGUAUCGUAGUCCCUACCACGGCAUUCCCUUCAGAUCACACACACAAGAGCCAUCUCCACCACCACAGGCACCAUCUGCAUCCAAGACCAGACACUCUGCGUGGGCAUGGCAUCAAACGCGCAACCUCGCCUCCACCUCCUCCACCCCCAAGUCCGACAGGGAAAAGCGUGCAUUUCAGUCCUGACCUGCGUUCCAGCAAGCUCAAGUGGCCAUGGAUUGCGGAUCCAUUACCAAGGGCUCCGAAAGAGGAGACGACUGCAUACCGAACUGUAUACGCAUCGCCUCCGCCUACGAGACGCCGUGAAAGCACUACUCGAUCGGCCACUAGGGACGCAUUGGGCUCCCGAGAUCGAAGGUCCCCAGGGCGGCUACGCAGAGUUGCGGGCUACGAUGUGCUAGCUUCCGAAGUCCCAUGGAGUUGGGACUGCAUUGAAGAGCAGCCACGGAGGAAGAGGAGAGGCGACAGACUGAACUACCCGCCAUUUGGGCCGUCGAGCAGCUGGAUGUGACAGGGUGGGGGGAACAGCAGGGCCCAGAGCCUCACAUUGUACCAGAGCUAUCAAGAAAGGGUCACUUUCGAGACUAUUCACCAUCUGAUGCAGACGGCGGAGCGGGCGUGAUCGUGCGGCGUGACUCGCACCUCGAGCA